CGCUAGAUCAGAACGUCGCGUCCACUCGAGAAGAUCGAAUGUGUUUUUUCCGUUGUUCGUUGUCGCCGUCGUCGUCCGCCGUCACAGUUUCUUCUACAUUAUUCUUUCAUUAUUGUAUUGUGUGCAUAUCUGCUGUACACAAGAGUAUGUUUUUCCCUUUUAUACUUUGUUGUUAGAACAUACACCGCGGCGUUAACAUUUGAAUACAAAAGAACUGGGAAGUGAAAUUGUGGAGAGCAUUGGGAAAAAGUGCGAAGGAGUUUUCAAGAUCCCUUGUGUUUCCGUAUCCUGUUUGAAUUUGGUUUGUGUAAAAAGAACAGAAACUAGUGUUAUUACGCUUAUUUGUGCAGUAAGGGAUUUUCCACGGAGAUUUAUAUUUCUCUGUUGCCUGGUAGUGGAAGCAGAAAGAACGCCAAACGUUAUAAGGAAGCUCAAGAACAAAACUGCAGAAAAACGCUGUGGAUUAAUUAUCUCGCUGGAAUUGAAUACCGAUACAGCAGAACCUAACUAGCGAGUAUACAUAUACUACCAGAGAUCGUUUAGUGUUUUUGUAGUGUUUGCAAACCGCGAGUAGUGUGAAAACCAAUAGUAGUGGAAUAUCUGGCAACCAGUACUUAUAUACUACACCAAUCAGAACAGAAAAAAAAAUCAUCAAAAUUCCUUAGAAAAAAAUAACUCCACAGUAGCUAAAUAAAGAAAAAAUGCUGUUUGAAAGUCCUGUCGCUGCUGCAAAAAUGUUUCCAUACAGUGUGCCUCCGCCGAUACAGGGUUCAGCUGCAGUUCCGGUGCAAAAUUUAAGAUUGCAUGGGACGACAUUUAGUGCUGGAACCUUGGACGCGAGCGGUUUACUUGAGCAUGACCUACACAACGCACUGGUGCCAAUCAAAACUGCAAACCUUCUCACACCGCAGGCAGCGGAUUUCGUUGCACACCAAAACAGAGAUCAACAGCAACAACAAUUGGACCAGAAAGUUCUGCCAAAUCAGCAUGCUCUCGUUAGCAAUGCCGCCACCAAUACCUGCGCCAGCAUGACCAAGGCCAACUCCACCAACGGCAGCUCGUCGGGACGGUCAACACCGAACAGUAGUAGCGAUCCGGCACCGGGUAAAUUGUUUGUCGGCGGUCUCAGCUGGCAGACAUCGUCCGAAAAGCUAAGCGAAUAUUUUGGCAUGUUCGGGAAGGUUACCGACGUACUGAUCAUGAAGGAUCCCAUCACACAGCGAAGCCGAGGAUUCGGGUUCAUCACGUUUCAGGAACCAAACAGCGUAGAUAAAGUUCUCCAAGUGCCAAUCCACACACUGGAUGGGAAGAAAAUCGAUCCGAAGCAUGCGACCCCCAAGAACCGACCGAAGACUCAAUCGAACAAGACGAAGAAAAUUUUCGUGGGAGGCGUAUCGCAGGAAACCUCCGCGGAUGAAGUGAAGCAAUAUUUCAGUCAGUUCGGCAAGGUCGAGGAAACCGUAAUGCUCAUGGAUCAGCAAACCAAGCGCCACCGCGGAUUUGGAUUCGUUACGUUCGAGAGUGAGGACGUGGUGGACCGGGUAUGUGAGAUUCACUUCCACACGAUUAAGAACAAGAAGGUCGAAUGUAAGAAGGCUCAACCGAAGGAAGCUGUAACACCCACUGCCCAGCAGCUGCUGCAGAAGCGAAUCAUUUUGGGUAAUUUGGGACUGCCGAUGGCAAGUCCGGCAGCAGCUCGUCUGGUUGGGGCCGCACAAGCUUCGGGUCCGCUGGUAAGUCAGCUAGCUAAUCCUUUGAUGGUACAAGCACAAGCGCAGGCUGCCCAGGCCGCUGCAGCGGCUGCCGCCAUGCAAGUGCAGAACGGAUUCGGGAAGGUCUUUACUACAUAUCCACCUACGCUGCAUAGCUUCAGAUACGCGCCAUAUCCAAUUCCUUCGGCUGCUCAGCACGCAGCGGCCGCUGCCUCGGCAGCAAAUCAGCUCUCUAAUGCACAAGUAGCCAGCCACCAAGCUCAUCAUCAGCAUGCAUCGUCGAUUACCGGAGCUGCUGGACAACAAGCACCCACACCAGCCGCAGCUGCGCCCCAGCAAGCGCAAGCUGCUACUCAUCAGCUUGUUCCGGCGGGUAUGGCUGCGAGUGGCAAUCCCUACCAGGGUUACAGCCUGGCCAACGUCGAUAUGUCCAGCUUCCAGAACGUGGACUGGGGUUCGAUGUACGGCAUGGGAAUAUUAUUUUCCGAAGCACACUGUUGAGCGCAACAAUCGAUGCUUACGGGAGAACAAAACUCCCUAGCAGUCCUAAAGGGGUUCGACGCAAUCGACACAAGCGUGUUUGUGUGUAUCUUGGUCAUUCAAUUCCCACUUUUAUGAUUGGUACGAUUGUGAUGCGUAACGCGUGAUGUGUUUCCCACCGCUUAGGUCUAUCAGCGGAAACAGCUAGUGUGAUAGUGCAUAUAGUUGCGUUAGUGUGAUACACUGUACUCCCGGAGUGUCCGAUCGUGAUUCGACGCGCCGAGGGGUUACUAGAAUAUGGAUACUAUUAUUAUAGUAUUCAGAGCAGAGUGAAUGACGGAAAGGGUCUUCAUUGGCAUCCUGAGACCUCGUACAAGACUGCCUUAUUUUUUGACGUAUAGAUUGAUGCAUUCUACGGAAUGUUGUAGCAGUAGGUAGUUUAGUAAGCUUGGGGUUAGAUCAUAAGCAGCGUAUGGCGAAUAUUUUUUUUCGCAUCGUUAUAGCGCGGCGACCGACAGUAUUCGAUAGGUUUUACUUUAGUUAGAUUUUUUUAUUCAUUGAUUUACGUCGAUCUUAAUUUACCCAUAAGUUUCCCUGAGGUAGAAACAUAAGCGUCGAAAAGACGAGAGUGUGAUUUUGGAAGUUGUUUAGUGAUUGCUUUAAUUGAUAAGUGUUGCCAUCCGUUCAAAUGUUCUAUCCGUCAUAAAAGAAUUUUAAUUUUAGAGGAUAUCUAGAGAAAAUUUUCAAUAGGACGUAAGGAACAAUGAGAGAUUCUCUUUGAGGUCUUUCUCUUCUGUUCAUUACUCGGCCAUUUCAACAUUUACUACUCUACUCUUUGCAUAAUAUUGUAGUAAAAACCGUCGGCUUUCGAUAUGUACUGGAAAAUUAGUACAAAGUGUUGUAAUGACGUCGUAAUAAACGAAAGAGAAAGUAAACAAAGAGAGGCUCUCAAUGUUACUUACGUCCUAUUGAAAAUUUUCUCUAGAUUAUACAUUUUUCUUUAACUUCCUCUUUGUUUGCGUGUAACAUCUAUGUUGAUUCGAAUCGUUUGCCCUAUUUAUGAACACACUUCGGAAAUGCAUUAAAAUGUUUCUGCCCAACCGCCACCAUACAACACCACACCUGUUUAUUUGCGCAACUCGAAGGUUAAAAAAAGAACUGACAAAAUAAUUAGACGCUCGUAAAUAUCCAUUUUUCGUUUCCAAGUUUCUGCACGUUUUUGUUUCAAUUCAUCUACUGGUAUUUUAGUAAUUUGAUAGCUGCCAUAUUUUCCGUUCUCAUCUGUGUAUUAUUAUGUAAAGUAAGUCCGUACGAUCGAUCGCCAGCUUUCAGCAUUGCAUCGUGCAACCCAUCCAUUAGGAGCAAACUCGGUCAGAGUAGGCCGUCUUGGUUUGUGUAGACAUUCCCGAAAGGAAGCGCAGGUGCCAUUUGUUUCCUGUCUGUCAUGGUAUCGAUUGCUUUUACGUUUAGUAUUUUUGCUCAACCGUACGCCUCGCUCGGUUGCUGGUGACCAAUGUCACAUGCAACCAGCCGGUGGUUGGUAGUUAGUCCCAGAACACAACUGUGCUAUUUUUUUUAAAAGUCGAAAUUUUAGUUUUUACUUUUCCAUUGGAAUAUAAGUUUGUGCGGGAUUGCAUUUUCGAGAAAAAAAACACUUGGAAUAAAAUACGUUAAAAAUAGUAAUAUUUUGAUUGUAGGUUUGAGUAGCGCAUUUCUUUUUAUUCGUAUCUCUGUUUUGUAAUAAAUCAAAUUAGUAACAGUAGUUUUUCGUCUCCCAUUAAAACAGUUUCAAUCAGUAUCGGCUAAGAAGCAUGAUUUCUACUUUCCACAGAUACAUCUUUUGACGUUUAAACAAUUUGUUGAUGUACAUUUUUAAAAGUUUUGAACAAAUAUAGUAGUUAGUGUAUUUUAACUUGAAGUAUUGAUUGACUAAUGCCCUCUGUAUUAUGACAAUAUCCACCGUUUUACUUUAUGUUUUAACUAUAGUAAAUGUUCACAACUUAACCUAAUAUUGUUACUAGGAAGACAACGUGUGAAGCUAAAUUGAACAUAUCCCAUUAACUAAGCAUAUAAAAAAACUAAUCUAACAAAAAAUACAAAUAAUUGAAAAAGAGUUAUAUAUUCUGAAUUACUGAGAUGAAUAAAACCAACGUUCUUCCAUAGGCAAGUAAAGUUCUUAAGUGAUGUCAAAAAUCAAAUUAAAGUAAAUCUAUUGAAAUUGUUAGUAAGAAACAUACCAAGGAAUUUGAUCUAGUAUCUUUUCUACACGCAAAAGGAGACGCAAAAGCGCGUGCUCGCUCAGUACGCGAUGUGAUUUUAAAUUACACUUUAGCCAGUAAAUAUCAGGAUACAAAACACACUAACUGCUAGUCGCAAGCCAAAGCCGGUAAAAAGUUUGAUUAACAAUGGACGCAGAAGUGCUGAGACGCGAUAAAACACACCACAAAAGGCGCGUGCAAACUUAUAUUCUGUUUACAUAUUUAAACAAAAAUAACAACAGCACAGUAUCUACAAAUUGUGAGUGAGAAAUUUGGUGGGUUUUUAGGAGUGCACUCCGAAUGCCAAAUGCAAUAUUUUCCUCUCUUUCUAGUCUUUAAAUGACGAAACGUGUGGUUGUGUUGUUAUGGUGAAUUGAUUUCAGAUUCUCCACAGACGUGUGAUAAGGGGAACUGUUGUUACUGCUUGUUGAUGUAGUAGAAUUGCAAUUAUUCAUACACACACAGGCUCAAGAAAAAAAAAGACAGUUGCGUGGACCAAACCAAAUAAAAAACGCAUAAGCAAGCGAUACGAGACAGAACAAUCCAAAGUAGCUGAUUACUCAAGUCUUCUAAACAGAAUUUAAAAAGGUACGACAACAAAACAAAUACAAAACCAAACAAGAGCUUUUGUGGCAAGGGCAAAUGUAGUACAGCCGAUCAUCACAUUGUUUAUAAAGAACAAAUUAUAAUAGAAAGAGAAACUAAGGAAAUUAUCCCAUCGAAUUUUGAAUUUUGCGGUUUUGAUCAAUUUUAAAGAGUAGUAAAUACAAUAUCUGCUGAUUGAGAGAUAACACGUGUAAGUAUAAAAUAAAAAGAAUUAAAGUUAUAUGUCAAAUAAAACCAAGCUUAAAAUAAAUCUAAUCUGUUAGAUCUGUGGGCGCCAUUCUCAAUAGUAAAGCGACACAGGAUUGAAACGAAAACAAAUCUAUUGAAUGAUGUGGUGAACAGUUAAAACCUAAAAACAACAUUUUAUCGCUUAGCCAAUAUAUUGAACGGUGCAAAUUUCUUCACCCUUCUAUCACAAAUGACACGAUCAAAUUUAGAGGCGAGGAUGGGUGAUAGGAGUAAAAGCGCUAAACCAAAGUGGAUUCACAAUUGGCAGCUUUUCUACUUACUUUAUUUUAAUCUUCACGAAGAUAGGUAGAGACAUAACAUCAAACAAUAUUUCACUUUGCAAAGCACUACAAUCUACAAACACAGAAUGCAAACCACGAUAGACUAACACAUUCUGAACGAAAGAUGGUAGACAUAUUGGGGAAGAAAAACUAUAUUUUAGCAAGUAUGCGGCAACAUAAAUUGAUAAUAAAAAAAACGGUAACGUUCACAUAAGCAAUCAUUUGUGACGAAUGGUCGAAAAGCUUUUUACACUAAUGUGAAACUAUUCUAAUGAAAUUGCAUAGACGAUAUUAUUAUAUUUGCGAAGCAAUACUUAAACUAUUAUUACGUUUAGUUCAAACUGACCCGCAAGAACACGAGUAAACGUUCUUCCCGCAAUGGAAUUUGUUCGACUGUCCUAUGCGCAGCUAUUGAUGAAACAAAUUGCUCAAAUUUCAUAAUCGCGUGUAGCCAAACAAUAACCUACUGGAGUACUACAGUCCCAUUUUUGAGCAUUUUGGAGGAGAUGAUAGUUUUCAGCUUGCGUGAGAAUGCCUGUAGGGUUACACAUCCUCCUUAUUAAACAACAUCUAAUUUCAGUUACCCUUCAUCCCAUUUCCAUUACUCGAAUGCCAUUAUUCUGAAAACUAUUUUUUGCAUUUUGUAAGUUAUAAGUUUUUUAUAUUAUCUACUGAGCGGCAGGAAGUAAAAAUCAGAAGAAAAUGCUUCGUACAAUCUCUUCAAUUGUAUUGUAGUGUUCAGGUCUGCUAAUAACUUCAAGCGUAGAACUUGAUCUCGAAGUUCUUCGGGCCCAAGAAUUGUCAGAAAAAAUCUCGCUCCGUACAUCGGCUCGGUAGGUAAAAUCGGUUGAAAGUAAUUAUAGAACACUACAUAUUGACUUCAUCAAACUAAAAAAAUGACAGUUCAGCGAGCUUGUUCAUAGAGAUUCGAACGAACUUAAAAGGGACUCGAAACCAGUCUUUUGUACUGUGUUUGGGGUUUACCAACCGUCCUAGUUUUAAAGGACAUGUCCUUAAUUUCGAUAAUGUUGGGAAGCGUCCUUAAUUUUACUUCGAAUGUCCUUAAUUUUAGCCUCACUCCAUGGUAUAUUUAAAUUCUAUUAAAUCAAGAUCGUUUAAGCGAAUGAAACAUUUCAUUCGCCUUUUUAGUUGGUCACUUCCUUUCAGUUCUUUUGAUUGGUUAUGUUCAAAUUAAUGAUUCAAAAGGAUUGAUUAUUUUAUUUGCCGAGUAAAGUUUCAAACUAAAAUAUGUUUCAACCACUGAACAUUUUACUCAAAAAUGAGUAAAAUUUUAUUAUGCAAUGUGGGAUGCCACGCUCUAACCAAUCGAUUUUAUAUCUUUCACAGUUCUGUAGGACCCCCGGAUUACAGAAAAAGCGCUGAUCUGAAUAAAAAUAUUGCAAAUCUUUUCUAAAAUCACUCAACCACUUUUUACUCAAAAAUGUGUAAUAUUUAUUAGUCUCGGUCAAGAUUGAAGAGGCUGGAUAUUCGGGGCUCGAAUCUAAGACAAGACUCGACAAUUGACCAUUGUAUGAAAUGCCUUAACCUCACAAAUAUGACAAGUGUUGGUCCUGUUGUUUACAGUUUGGACUUAACAAAUUUGGAUUUCAUUAAAAUAAGCUUAGUGCUAAUAAUUAAUUCCCAACAAAUUGUACCGCAAAACUACUUACCGAUUCGAAGAACAGUAGAACUAAUUGAUAAACAAAUAAUUAGCUCACUUAUUAGAUCUUUCAUAUACUUUUUCCCACAGUAGAGAAAGGCACAAUUUAAUUGUAAGGCGUUCUAGAAAACAUUUAUACUUCUGAAAACAUUAUUCCCAAUAUAUUAUAUAUGCUUCCCAAUGUAGAUCUAUGCCGCUGAAGGCGACAGUCUCUUGCAAGCAAACCAGUGAUCCACGCGUAAAAAGCGAUAUAGCAUAGCCAGAUUUGGUGGCGGAAUUGAAAUAAAAUUGGCAACGCUGGCAAAAUGGAAACCAGAACAAACACCCCAGAUGAACAUUUUGUCAACUGUCAUUUAGACGAGUUUUGAUUUGAGCUAAUAAUAGGGGGCUGAUUCAAGAUGUCCUUAAUUCGCUCUCCAGCCUAUUUUGUAACCUGUGGUAGAAGAAAAAACUUUCUACGUCCAUGUAAACAAGCUCUCCGAACUGUUAAAAAUGUUGGGUUAAAAAUUUUCAUGCAAUGUUGUAUGGAAAUGCUAUACGGGUCUUGCGUGCAAACUUGGAUACAAUUAGAAUUCACGUAUACAAACCUUUAUGCGAUGGUGAUUUUCAACGUCUUUUUAUUUAAAUGUUUACACAUGUUUUUCGAGAAUGUCGUUUUAGUUUUAAUGUCUGUUCUCUGUGCUUCUACCUCAAUCAUUUUACUUCAAAUUAUCACAGUCCGAGGUUUAAGACGAUAAUUACGCAUUAAUAGAAUUGACGGGUUUUACCACUGAGAACUGACAUACAAGUCAAGUUUUGAACUUGUGUAAGAAAUAAAACUGUCGCUUUGAAAUGACAACAGCAAUUAGCAACUUGCCACUGGUCGGCGCUUCGAUCGGCCAGCAAACGCGAUACGAGACUUGUGUGCAAACUUGGAUACAAUAGUGAUUCACGCAUGCGAACCUGUAUACGAUGGUAAUUUUCAACGUAUUUUCAUAUAAAUGUUUACACAGGUUUUUCGGGAACGUUUGUUCUAGCUUAUAUGUCUGUUCUCUGUGGUUUUACGAAGCAGAAUUGGUCUUUUCAACCUUAACUUUCCAUAAUUUUGCAAGUUUGCUCCCUCUAACGGCUAAAAUCUUUAUUUAUUCGAGCGUCGCAUGUUACCGGUCAUUUGAAGGGCUAGAUCCUCGCUUUGAGUAGCUAAUCCCAGCUUUUAGUAAAGUGCCAUUUACACGACGGAUCGUCACCGGAACACAUCAACGAAACGUCAAAAUUUGUUACAUGCAGCUUCUUCCCAAGUACAAUGUAAGAAUCGCUAGCAAAAGAGUGUUAACAAAGUGCAAAAAUGCAAGAAGCUACUUCCUUGCAUGUAGUGCAAGAAACAAAAAACGAAUUUUACCUAUGUAUUAGGAAUAUAGAGCUUGUUUCGUUUUUGAGGUUGCUUAUAAAAUAAUGUCAUAGAAACAUUCAAACAGAUUUGUGGUGUAACUUCCUACUCAGCUCAACAAAUCGGUUCUAUGUCUGGUAUGGAAAAGUAAUCUUCAACAGACACCUCUUCUUGCUAGCUCGUGAUAGUGUCGGGUUCUUACUGCAGUGGUUUCCCGCAUAAAUGUGUACCAUAUGCCAACCAUUGCAUCAAUCGUUUCAAAACCAUUUUCAAUAUGGUUGGUUCAACAAUAGAUUAACCAUUGUCUGGUAUAAUAUCGAACAUAACCAGUGUCGUUUUUCCAUACUCGACCAUACAAACAACGGGUUGUUAAGAACAGUCACCAUACCAAAAUGUGCUGUUUUCCAUAUACAUUUGGACAGCAUACCAUUCAAGAACCAUACAGAUUAUGGUGGCAUGCAUAUUUUAGAUCUAGCGAUGCAUAAAAAUAUUAGGUGUAGAAAAAUAUGCCUUCCCUUUCACAUUUCAAUUCUAUCGAUUGAUGCAAUUUUAUUUUGUUACACGCCAUCUUCUGAUGAGAAACUUCGUUGGCACUAAGUGGACUGUCGCUUUAUCCAACUGAGCUAUCGCCGUUAUAUUGCAAGACGAGGAUUUUUAAUCAUGUUAAGCUCCAGGUUUUUGGAGAAGCGUAAACAGAUAUUCGUAUAACAAAGCCCACCAGAGCAAUAUUAACCUCCUACGUAAAAGUACAAUGUAGUAUACAAAUCUCUAAUAUAGGAUACACGGAAGGUAUUGGAAAUGGUAACUAAAAUAGUAUGGUAAAAUAAUAGUUGAAUUAUAAUGGUGGAAUAUAUCAGUAGUAUUCCCAAUAUGGUGUGUAUUAUAUGAAAGGUUUGGAAAUGGUUCCAAAGAUAUCUGGAAUGGUAUUUAUUUAUACGGGUUGUAGUAAGCCAACCUGCUAAACAUAAACUUCCCAAAGCGCUCGCUUCAUUCUUGCUAUUUCUUGCUUGCAGUCCAACCUUUGUGGGACAUAUAACUGACCUGCUCAGGUCUGCUGUAAAUAUCGUCACCUGCCGAGACACAAACCGAUCCAUUGGUACUGACCAUAAUGACUUACAUCUCUUUACAACUACCUUCGCAGAGUUUCUAAUCCUUCUUGGCGAUAUAUGUUUCUAUUUAGCUACUAGCUGGUGCUGAGAGCUCCUCUGCGGCGGAAUUUCUCCCGAUACCGAUGCCCAUUUAGCUCUCAACCACUCGGACGGCAAUGACAUUUUUCUAGACAACGUUAUUCCGAUUGUCUCCGGCUUCGUGUUGUUCGUUCAUUGUUCAAUUCUUCUUACGCUGCUGUGUAUAAUAUGAUGUGUAACUAAUCUCCUCACAAUUGUUGCCAAUAUUGAAAUUUGUCGAGACGUGAACCGAUUCGGAGAUGCCGACCAACUUGACUUGCUUCCCUUUACAACGACCCGCGCCAGAUUUUUUGAACGACUUGUUUCUAGAGUCACCGAACUAAAACGACAUUUUAUGUGUCAAAACAGUUCCCAGUACAAUUUUUUUCCCCUUUUUUGUUAACGAUUAAGAGUGAGUCAAUUUUCCUUUUUUUAUGUUUUUAACGACAUUCAAUCAGCAAGGGACUGGAAAAUGAAGUACAUUUUUCAAUAUUAAAAGCCAUAGUACUCAAGGGAGAGCAAGGGGUUGAAGGAAGAAAGUUUUAGAAAAGCGUGGAAAGGGUCAUAUGAACAAGCUUAGAGUUUACCGGCGACUUAACCCUUUGUCUGCUACCGCAGGAGUCAGGAUCUUUUGGCAGUGGAAAUGCGAAUCAUCUGAGUCUACGGCAUGUCCGGACGAGCGUAAAGUAACUUGUUACUUCAUGCUGUCGGUUCCGACAGCAGCGGUUCGUUAAGGUACUGCCUGAUGGUUUGUAUGAAAAGAGCACGUCAAUCGUAAAUACUAGACCGGCUCAAAAAUUGACAUUAUUUCGGAACACCGCAAAAUCGAAUGGUGAUUGGCUUCAGAAGCCUCAAGCCCAAUAUGAGCAUUUUUGGUUGCUUCUGGUUUACUCACAAGAAUUUAAAAUUUGUGUUGGAAAAUAUUUGUAAAAUCGGCAAUGGAAAAAAUACAUUCUGUAAAAAAUGCUAGCGUCAUGUUGUGCAUCUCAAAAUUUUCAGAUACAUAGUUUAAGGUUUAAGGAUCAACAUUAACAAAGACUGUAAAUUGAUUCGACUUGUUGUAAAGAGGUAUUCUAAUAUGUUGCCUAUCUUUCUCGCACAUGAUAAGAAUAGAAUAUUUAAAAAAAUUCUAUUGACCUACAAAGUAAAAUAACUUUGUUCGUUAACCUCCAAUCAAUAUGCACCCUUCAACAACGCUGUUCGUAAUUGAACAAGCUACUCGAUCAAAAGUUUUGAGGUACGCGAAGAAACUGGGAUUUUUUCUUAGAAUUUUGAGCUUUUAUUUUCGAUUUUUCAUGUAUAUUACCAUAGAAGCUUGAAAACUCUUAUGAGUGAACUAGAGUAUAGGAAAAAUCUCAUAUUUAGCAUAUAGUUUGUGGAGCUAAUUACCAUUUGACAGCUAAUAAAUGUCCAGAACGUUAGAGGUUUUGAUUGUUGAUAGCAGUACUUAAGUAGUUAUAAGCAUUGCCUUUGCAUAAUAUUGGCUAUAUAUUAGCACUAACGUUGCAAGCAACGUAGUGUCAGGAACAGCCGAAAUGUAGCAUUAUUGCCAGCUCUAUAUAGCUAUAUAAGUUGACAUACCGCCUACUGGCUUGAAGGCUGUUUAAAGCAUCUAUGCUUUAUAUAUGCAUGUGGUGCAAUUAUAGAGCAAAUAUAAAGCCGUUAUAAGCUUUGGUCGUUCUGUAUCUCCUCCUUGCAUUGGAAUGCAAUGUAAACCAUUCGUAUCGCUUGAGAACCAAAUUUCGUUAAAGUUAAAAACAAUAUUUUAUUUUUUCUGGUAUUAUAUCAGAAUAUAGUGGCUUAACGGCUUUUUAAGGCUGCCCUAUAUGCAUAUCUAAAGCAGAUAUUAGGCUACGUUAUAAUGAUUAUUGGUAUCUUGGUUUUCCUGUUCCACUAUGCGUUUGUUUAUUCGAAUAUUUUUUUCCAUUUGCUAUUGUAAUUGCCGCUCUACUAAAUAUCCUUCUAUUAUUUCUCUCGGGAUCUUUAGAUAAUAUGUUUUUGGACGAAAUAUGAAUGUUUCAACGUUUGACUAUCAGGUAAUGGCAUUUGGGAUAAUUGAGUGAAAUUCUUUUUUUCUCUGAACUACUGCACUGAACUGCGAAGCCUGGUUAAAUAGGAGGUUAAAUACAUUGCUACAACUAUGAAAGGGUUUACCAUUGACAGGAGUUAUGUCGUAUAACAUUUAUAUGACAAAUAAUUUGCAUUUUCAUUUCCUUCUACAAUACUUAUUCAAACAGUGCAAACGGAAGCCAGUCUGUGUUCUUUUUCGUUCGAUUAAUACGGUUAUCUUUUUAAUAAUUUCGCACAUUAUAUCAAGAAUCAUUAGCAUAUUAUGCAGAGUUAGAGUCGUUUAAGGCAGUGAAAAAAUAACAAGAGGCUCUUAUUAAUAAUUAACCUGAUAAGAACAUUAUAUAAAGUUUUCUUAGUUUUUCAGUAGUUUUUGUUGAAGCGAGAAAUUUUAUUUCUGCAGGGUUUGCCUUGUCUGCAAAGAUUAUCGCGGAACAAAUAUAAUUUGUUUCUUAACACUAGUCGAAAAGAAUCUACGUAUACGAACUACGGAGAUAUUAUCAACAUUAGACUAAAAUUUGGUGAAAAAUCUUAAAAGAUUUCGUUUUAUUCCUUCUAAUUUUUGACGUCCUUGUACAAUGUACGCGAUUGUGGGGCUACCCACUUCUUCAAGUGAAAUGAGCAAAUUUCACCAAAAAUCAAAUUUCAGGAAAGAUCAGUUUCCCUGCCAGAUUUGAACACACAGCAUGGGACUCUAUCUGAUCGAUCCGAGGGAAGAGACGACUCGUGUUUGAAACACAACCCACAUUUUGAUCUCUGUUGUCAUAACCUAUUCUGGAUAAUGUUCGGAGGGACCUUUCAAAAACAGAAAGAAAAACUUAUUGACAAUACUUUAUUUCUAGAUUCGAAUGAAAUCACAAAAAAAAACUUUUUGACAAAGAAAAACUAACUAUAGUUCUGACACUAAACCAGAGGACCCAAACAGUCUCGAUCGCUGAAAGCAUAUUUACCAACUGGAUCUAUGUAUAAACUUACAUAUAAAUACACACGUACACCUGAAACAUACUACAUACACUUUGUCAGAAUAAAAAUGAAUUUCAAAUAUUCGAGGUGGAAUAAAAAGCGCACGCAAGGCGCAAUAAAAACUGAUAAGCAAUAAACUUAGUUUUUAUAUCAAAAGACAAAACAAUGUGACUAACGCAAAGGGUAUGCAUAAUGACCACUACAAAUGACAAACAAAUAAAAACUUAUAAUUAUACACUUAAUUAUACAUUUAAGACUUAAAGAACGGAAUAGAGCGUGUUAUUGUCAUUAUUAUGAGCGAACAAAUAAACUGCAAAAUGCUAAUGAAAAUAUAAGAAAACACAAAUAAAAAAAAGUAUGGUACUUAGUCUGUUAAAACUUCCCGUCGGAAAGAAACAAAACGAGCAAAAGUGUUGUGGGCGUCUAGAUUCGCUACCAUUCCAAUCUUACGCUAGGCUAAGCUUUGUAUGGUGGGGCUGUACACGGUAUGUCUAGGACAUUGUUGGUCUGGUUCGAGCUCGCACCUGUGCGAAUGGACAGAUCCAGCUAGCUUGCGAUGUAUGACACGAGGCUAUAAAUAGUGCAAGCUUUCCGACUAGUAUUCUUUACCACCAUCAUCAUCUGACCCGAACAUCAGCCAACUGUUACAGCCAAAAAAGACACUGAAGGGUUAAGGGUUGAUUUGAUGUGCGAAUGUGUAGAAAUGUGAACUGUGUAACAAAAAAGUUUGUGAUGAUUUAUCAACCAUACAUAUUACGGUACGGGUGUAGUGUGAUCGAAAUGCAUUGAUAGCUCCAGUCAUAUUUUACUGUUUAAAUCUCUUUCCCGAUCGGUAGUGGCUGCUCUUAUGUAUCUUUGGCUGGUCCAAGAUAGUUAGCCAUUGCUAGUUUUUACAGUUCGAUCAAUCAAUAAAUAAAAAGUAGAGCUCAAAACACGCACCCAUUGGCUUCGAUUGAUCUAUGCUCCCAAAUAUCCUACAUUCUGUCAGUAUUCGAUUGGUUCCUUCAAUAAUACAGAAACAGGCGGCCGAACCGAAGUGAUCCAUGAGGUAAUAUGAUAAGUUUUUUUCUUUUACGUACAUCCUUUUGAGCGAGUGAACAGCAAAAUCAAAACGCAACUUAGCAACCACAUGAUCUACUUUCCUGAAUCACACUCUCCUAUGAUCUAUUAGUCGUAGUGUUUUGAGGCAGUAGAAUGCAGUAAGUAAAAGAAUAUACUAUGCUACUUAAACGUUCUCAAUUUGACGAACAAUAGAAUUCGUAGAAGUAUAGCUAGACUGUUUCACGUAUAUACUGAAAAAAGUAAUAAAUACAAAACAUAUUGAUAGAACCACACAAAAGUAUUACUGACUAUUUAUAUACAUAUACCUUAGAAACAUAGCUAUUAUUAUUAGUGCAUCUGUUUGAUUGCAUAUAUAUAAAAGCCACUUAGUAUUGUAAUUAUUGCCGAAUAAUUUGGCAGCAAAUAACAAAUAAACCGAACAAAAUGUGUUAAAUAAAGAUACAUACUCGUAUGUAUGUAGUAGUGAUAGAGCACACCACUAUUUAUUAUGUAAUGUAAUACAGUAGUAGCAGUAUGUAUUUCUAACACCAUUUCUCUAUUGCUACCAAACUAUUUGGAUCUACCAGUUUGAGAUGAUCAUACACAUACCCGCACUCACACAAAAAACUGAAUGCCGCCAGACAUUUACACAAAAAACACUGAAUCUUCACUUCACGCAACCCCCCUCCCUACUCACAAAAACCUCACAGACACAUAGCUUGUGCGGCAUCAGUUUGAAACGACCGAACUAUUUUAUACAAACAUACUGCAUAUAAAUAGUCAAACAUUGUUCAAAGUCUCAAUGUGCUGUAAUUUGGCAGUAGAACCUAGUUAGAUUAGUGUGUUGAACCAUCACAGUUGACAGCAGUAUCGUAGAAUAUACCAGUGAGUGUAUUGUUACACGUCGUUUGAAAUAUCGUGUGUUGAAUGAAAACCGCAACAGAAAUAUAUAUAUAUACAUACGAAAUAAUGAUUGCAAAUAAAGACACAGUAGUAAUAAACAAAUACUGAAAACGUUGCAAUAAUUUCAUUUCUCAAUAGCUUCGAUUUUAGUAGGUUGUAUUUGUGUGAAACUAUCCUGCUGCGAUUUUUUGGAUCUCUAUAUUUAGAUUUGAUUUUACUUAGUAGUUAGUAGUCACCACUUCAACUUAAUAUAGUUUAGCUAAGCUAGUGCACUUUUAGUCUAACAAGUAUUUAACGAUUAAUUAUCUGUGUGAGUGCUUUCUUUCCGACGAUCCAGCAGAGUAUUCUAUUGCAAAUCGUAAUAAUUCUGUGAAGAUAUUUUUGUUUUUUUUUGUUUUUAAUAGAACGAUCUGUUUGUCGAUUCUUGGUAAUCCUAGUCUGCUUUGAAUAGUUUCGUUAGUUUACUGUUUAACGGAUGAAAAUUUGUUAAAUCUACGGUUGAUACUUGAAGUAACUAGAAUAUUAAAAAAUCUUUUUUUUUAUUUCAGAGUAUUGCUUUUACUAAAGUUAUAGACUACUCUGUAUAAAAGAUUUUUUAACCGUUACGACAUCGUUGGGACAGCAUUGUAAUCGGAGAGAUUUCUAGAGAUUUUUUGUGAAUUUUGUAUUUUUCGAAGAUUUUUAGUGAUUGUUGUAUAUUUUUACCGUCACAGUUGAUAAGAUGAAAAACAAGUUUCAGUGAGGUGACUCAGAUUUGGACAGUGACGUUAUAGCAAACAUGCGAUUUUCACAGUCACCUAGAAAUAAUUAAAGGGGAACAUUCGUAAUAUCUUCUGCUUUUCAAAUGAUAAUAAGGGUUUUAACUAUUGUACGGCAACCAAAACUUAUUACUUUGGAUUUACAAAUAACAAAUUUCUGUCAACUACAUAUCACCUUUCUUAUUUUCAUUAUAGAGGUUUUAACCUUAGGAUUGUUCGCCUCUCUUCGGGUUAGAGAAAUCUCCUUUGGAAAAAUAUCUAACACUAUGUGCGGCGUUGGGAAUCGACCCCGGUGAGCUGCGUACAAGGCAAUCGAUUUACCAACUACGCUAUGCCCGUCCCCCUACAUAGCACCUAAUUUCAAAUACAUCCAUAUUAAUGAGCGAAUCUGUAGUUUGGUAGAAACCGAAACCCAUCACGUUAGAGUUCAGUUUGCUCACUACCUCCUUACAAAGAACAUGAGUCUUGAUUAUUGUUUCAAGUGUUUUGUGGUUUUUAAAAGACGUAAUUUUAGAUUUCAUAACGGCAUCAAUCAUCAAAUUUCGUCAUCUACUUGAGAUCCCCUUUACAAUAUUACCCAUAUUGAUGAUGAUUUGCUGUACUUGGUGGUAAAUGUAGCCGCCAUCUUGGGCUUCCAAAUUGUCAAUCAUAAAAUUAAUUUACGUUAUUUACUGGCCGCUCUCUUUUAAAUGACUGUAUAACUUGCUCAGGCUCAAGCCACACAAUAGACACCUAACACAUUAAAACGCCUACUAGUCCCAAUAUUAAGAUUUCUGACAGCUCAUGUACAACCACAGAUGCAAAGUCAAACCAAAGGAGUUUGGUUUGUUUGCCUCACGAAAUACCUAACCUCAACCGGUUUUUGCAGUGCAAUUUUUUUGUUUUCCUCGCGAAAUAAUUCGGCAUCAUUUCUUUUUUUAACAGGAGUAGAUAGGUCAAUAGAUUUUCCAAGCUGCUAGAUUCGUCUUAUGUGCGAGUUGCAGAUAUAAGGAAACUAAAAGGACAGCGUUGUUCAUUUGAUAGGGUUCACAUUGAUGUCCAGAAAGAAAACUAUACUAAGCGUCACACAUACAUUGCAAUUGAUAGUGGGUUUCAGUGUUAUACGGUUACCAGAAGCCACCAGAAACCACGACUGCAGAAUGGCGUCAAUCAUACACACUCAAUUCAGCUCGGCAAUUUCCCAACAGCUGUGCAAUCAGCAAAUUUUGAAACUGAUAUCUCAUUAAAGAUUUGUUAGCUGAUUUUCUGUGAAAUAUUUGCCAAGUAUCAGCUAUGAAACGUCACUUUUACUGAGAUCUCAGCCAAAAAAUUGUUUACUGAGAUCUCAGCUGUUGAGAUUUCGGCAAAAGAUGCGAUAAAAUCUGAGAUUCGACAGAUUCAGAAUCAAUGCACUUCCGUUUGAUAUGACACCUUUUACCUUGACUAUGACCUUGCGACGGUCAAAACACGAAUCGCAAGCUGCUCGAAUGUGACUUGCUGGUAUGUUGGCGUUGGCCUACAUUUUUUGCGUUCACUCUUGGCAAAAUUCUUUAGUGCUCUUCUCGACAAACUUAUGAUUAGUCCGUAAAAGCCAACUAUCAAAAUUCACUUCGAGUUGAAAUUCCGGACAAACCGUUACUCACCAAUCACAGAUGUUGGUAAUAAACAAAGGAGAAAAGUUUUCUUUUUCAUUAACUGCUGUGAACUGUGGCCAGUAACGGUUUGUAUGGAGUUUCCUUUCAAAGUAAAUUUGACAGUUAGCUUUUAAGCCGUAAUCAUAUAUUUGGUGAGACUUGUAAACAAUACUCUGAACUGCCAUUCAGCCAAUUUAUAUACAGCUGAUACGAGUUUGAAACCUGCGCGAACGGUCUUAAGUUAGUUACUCUUCGAGUGGCGCACCAUGUUGUUUCAAAUGAUACCCAUUAUAAUAAUGAUUUUCAGCGUUUUGUAAUAACCGGAGGCUGCCGUUUUGGAUUUCAAAAAGGCGUCAAUCUUAAAUUUCCGUCCUCAGCUGAUCACCCUAUUUUAAAUAACAUAUAUAUUGGUGAAAGUUUGCUGUAUUUAUUUUAUGAUAAUAAUCUUUGGAUUUGACGUUGACGUUUGGCGUCAAUCAUCGAUAUCCGUUAUCUACUGACCUUACAAUUGACACCCAUAUUGAUGAAGUUGUUCAAUAUUUUGUGGUAACCGGAAUCCACAAUUUGAAUUUAAAAAUAGCGUCACUCAUCAAUAUCCGUCUGCCAAACGAAAACCAUGUUUGAACGUUUCUAUUGUUUCGUGGUUCCUGGAAAUCACUAUCUUGUGGAUUGAACUGGGGUCAAUUAUCAAUGUGUUUCAUCUACUGAUCGCAUCCUUUCAAAUGAUACCCAUUUUGACGAAGGUUUUCACUGUUUUGUGGAAGCCGGAAGCUUUGAAUUUCAAAAUGGUCUGAAACAACAAUUUCGUAAUUUAUUUACCACUCCCGCUCAAUUGACAUUCAUAUCCAUUAAUGAUUUACGAUCUGAGUACACCGAAAAUUGCUAUAUAAAUGCUCAACCUUCUAAGCUGAAGAACGAUUUUCAAUUCAUGUUCUACAAAAAUGUGAACAAGCCACAUACUUUUACAUUACAUUUUAUCUUAAAUGUCAGAGGAUGUAAAAUUUUAUUAUGCGAUAACCGAAAGUAUUUUACGUCAAAUGUAAUUUCCAUAUUAUCUAAGUGUCUAGAAAACAUAGUAGUACAUACCUCUUCCCACCAAUGAUUUUAGUGAUCGUCUAGGUGCCGAUCAUGCAUCAGUUGCAAAAUAAUCCGAAUCCUUCCAAUAUGUUUACACAGACGAUUUUAAUGACACCAGCUCGAUGAAUGAUUACACUCUAAGGUUAUGAAUCGUUGGUCGAAUAAUUAAAUGGUAUCCAAAAGCAUUUAUAUUUGGUUAUGACAAGUUCUACAAUGUUUAUGUGCAUAAAAAGCGAUAAUUUUUUUUGAAGAUAUUUAUCACAGUAGGCUAUAGAAAUUCUAACUUUUAAACGAAAAGAAAUAGCGUAGGAGUAUCUGUGAGAAAGUUGUAAAGGAUUUUGUAAAAUAUUUCCAUAAAUUCUGCUGAAGACAUCUUUUAUCUGUCGUUUAGUUAUCGAUUUAUGGGACGUUUUCUAUGAUGAACUCCCUUUAAGUCUAACAUUUUUGUUUCUGAUAUUUCGCAAUUCAAUAUCAAUUCUUCAAAAGGGCUAAUGAGAUUUUUAUAAACGAACUUAUUUCGCUCAUUACUCCGCUGUCGAGUCGAAUUUCAUGAAAGAUACACAUGAAUCAACAUCUUCACCCUUGGUAGAAUAUAUUUCAAAUGUCUUCUGGGUUGAAAAUAUAACAAAUUAAGAGCAAAACAAAAGUUUGUUUACAAAUCUUAUUAGCCCUAUUCUAAUGUUGAUAUAGAAUUACAAUAUUCAGAAACAUUUUUUAUUUUGACAAAAUACACAACUUUGCCGAAAAGACUAAAUCGAUGUGGCUUGCUUGAAAAGAGUUCUGGCAGGUUUAUUGUUUAUUUUAUUCAGUUUUUGGACCUGUGUACCUUUAUUAUGGGGAAAAACUAUAAAAUAUCAUAUUAUUCUGAAAGUGCUGGAUACCCUGAGACUAAAAUUUACACAAUAAACCUGGUCGAGAUGGUACACCAUCUGUUAGAAAAUCAUUCAAUAUUAGUAUAAACCAUACGGCAGACGCGCUAGUACACUGAGUGCGCGCCACUCAGAAAAUCAAGCGAAAGCGUCUUUGAACACCAAUGUCUACUCGUUCACUGAGCUUAUCACGUGACUUCAGGAAGGUUAGACGCAGAGCUUUCAAAUUCUGAACGGGUGCUUACGGACAAACGUAUUUAUCAAUGCCAUUUUGAUAAUUUUGACAGCUGCCGAAAUCCUGACGAAUUCCUGCUGGCUGCCUGAUUUUCUUCCAUGCGGGAAUGGUUAAAUUUAACUAUAAGAGUAUUUCAUUUCAAAUGUUGACAAAAUUAUUGUUAUUGGGAGUUGACAGCUGAGCAUAUCAUGUAGUAGUUGAGAUGUAAGGAUUUGUUAAAAUAUUAAUAAUAAUAUUUCGUUUGCUAUAUUAAUUAUGGCAUUCGAGCCCCGUGAAACGUAAACAUUCACAUUAUCAAAGAGCACAAACAAAGGUUGGCACAUCGUGUUUCGAUUUCCUUUUCCUACCCUCAUUUUCUAUUGAAAAAUUAUGACAACCUUCCUCAAGCACAGAGAAAAUGUUUCCACCUUUCUGCAUCGUAUAUCAAUUCAGCUAUCGAAUUGUCAAAUUCAACUAUCGAAUCGUCAAUUUAUUCAUGCUUCAGAGAAGUAGUUCGACAUAGAUCUUUCAUUAGUGGCUAAAUCGUAAAUGUAAACAAACUGAGUUUUUACUAUUAUGACAUUAUGCGACUAAAAUAUUAGAAGCAGAGCUGCAAUUUUUCAACAGGUUGUUUUGAACUUGAAGGAAGAAUAAAUCUCAAAUCAUACGCUACUAUGUUCAAUCUGCAGUUUUUCGUUUAGGCCCUUCUUUUCAAAUGGAAUAACUUCCAUUUUUAGACAGAACAGGGGCGAAUGUUUAUUUUCCUCCAAAUUAUUUUGUAAAUAGCUGUUCUAUUAUAUAAAUUAUAAAUACUAUCUACUAUGAUCCUGUCUACUCGGUGGUACACAAACAUUCGAAUAUUUCGCCCAUUUGCUGAGCCCUAUUAGAAAUAUCCUGUCAAGCUCGCCCAUUUACCCAGCCCAACCUAGCAAGAUAGAGUCAGUUUAGCCCAUUUACCGCGCCCUUCUGAAAAUCGUGUUCACGGUCCUUCCGCAAACCGCGAUAUCUGAAGGGCGAAAUAACGAGUUUCUACCAAAUAAAAAAAUAUUGAAAGCAAAUUCUUUGUUAUAUUGUUAAAAGUUUUAACCAUAGAUGCUUUAGGAAAAACACCAUAAAAUAAUUUUUACCUACAAUAAAAGCUACAUUUAGAAAAGCAUCGUCGAAUAUUCAAACUGGGUUUUCUCCUUUUCGAGUACAUUGCGACUUAGGUCCAAAUGAAAGAUCUGUGUCGAGUUAUACUUAUAAGCCUUUCUAUUCCCGUUAAAAAAGAAAUGGUGCUGAAUUACUUCGUGUGCGAAAUAAGACAUUUCAAUAUCAAUUCUUCAAAAGGGCUAAUGAGAUUUUUGUAAACAAACUUAUUUCGCUCAUUAUUCCGCUGUCGAGUUGAAUUUCAUGAAAGAUACACAUGAAUCAACAUCUUUACCCUUUGUAGAAUCGAUUUCAAAUGUCUUUUGUGUUGAAAUUAUAACAAAUUAAGAUAAAUCAGCAAAACAAAUGUUUGUUUACAAAUCUUAUUAGCCCUAUUCAAAUGUUGAUAUGGAUUUGUUUACUUCAAAAACCUUUUCAGGUGAUGAAAACAAACACUUUUGGUUUGACUUUGCAUCUGUGGUUGCAAAUGAGCUGUCAGACAUCUUACUACAGAGAGAUAUGUAUUACUGGGAAAUGUUAUUUUGAAAAAAAAACAAACUUUUGAGCUGUCACAUUUUAAUCAAAAGAUGGAAAAUACUCUAAAUGGUUUACAGCCUAAGUACUAGCCCAAAACUAGGCCGUAAUACCUUAAAGGUAAUAUGAAAAAAAAAAUCUCUAAUAGCAACAUUGUUAAUACUAAAACGGUCCCAACAAAAAUUCCUUUAACGGCAACAACAGCACAUUCAAAUCCUCUCUGCGUCGCACUUAUGUAUCAUCAAUUUGUAUGCAAUAAGUAUUACGCGUCGGAUUUUCAUAAAGUGUGUAGCAAUUCUCUUGUCAUCGUAUUGAAUAUCGAGCAAAGCGACUGCAUAAAACCUGAACAGUCCAUCUCGUCAUGUACGGAAAGCAAGAUUUACGGUUUAGAUCCACGUAUUCGAACCGAGGGUCUGGAUCUAAGCACCAAGUCUGGACCUGGUUCAAGUUCGGACCUGGUAAAGGGAAAAGGGGAUAGGUUAAAUCCGAGAACUGGUUGGGAUGCGGGAACCGCUCCGGAUCCACGAACUUGCACUGAUCUAGACUGAGAUCCGCUAUUCCGACCGGUUUCUCCCACUAUUAGAGCAGUAAUCCGCCAGGUUGGUUUGACUCGAUAGUAGUACUAUCAUAGAAAUCGACCGAAUUAUCCGACAUAUGAACAGAGCCGAGAUUGUCACGUACUGGAAAACUGUUUGGUUGCGUGAUACCGAAAUUCUUCAUGCCACCGUUUAUUACUCUUGCGGUAAUAAAUGUUUAGUACCGCAAAGCGCAUAUAAUAGAAACGUACCCGUCGGAUUUUGGGUGUAGUUUGCAUAUAAUGGAUGUUCCAAAAAGUUAUAUUUUUAUUAUAAUCUACAACAAAAUUUACCAUUUUUGAUAAUACUACAGUAUUUUUCAUUUCAAAGCUUCGAAAAUAUCACUGAAACUCUUUCAAUCUUAAUCGAAUCGCACAAAAAAUCCGAAAUCGCUUUUUGUAUUUCCCACAAGUUUUCUAUUUUUAACGAUAAAUGCCUCUGAUAGUAAAAUGUAGUGGUAGUGUUCGCUACGUUUUAAUACAAGCAUAAAAAACAUGUAAAAUGUUUUAUACCCAUUAGAUAGAAUGUCAUUCUAUUACUGUUAUUACCUCCCUUUGACUUUUCCAAUUAUUAAAUUGCGUAUCAACCGGAAUCAAUAUCAUGAAUCCGAUACAGACCAAUAACAAAAUCCUGUUUACCUGGUCGUUUUAAUGAAUUCAUCAAAUAUUAAAUAGGAUUUGCAAAAAUCGACAGACAGAU